UCCACCCUGUGUACGCUCACCGUGAUUGACACUUUUUCGGGUUGCUUUGUGCGUGGAUAUCGAGUGGCUCACUGCUGCAAACAGCUCUGAAAAGGAGAGAAAGCCACUUCUACAUUAACAGAUCAGCUCCCAGACCAAUGCAUGCUUAUAAAAAGUGCCAAACAGCCACCUAACGACAAAGCACAUGCAUGCUUUGAGCUAGCAAGUGCUAGCUAGGUGCCGUUAGUUGAUCAACGGUCAGGUAAUGGCUACGCAGAGACCAGCCUUGACUCUCUCCCACGCAGACUCUUGACAUGGGGAGUAAAAUGUCCUUCAGCACAGGAAGCAGUGACCAAAAUACAGCCUCUGAGUUAACUUCUGUGGCAUCGCAUCCUCGCAAUUCCGUUCAUACCCCUUUGGACCGCAAGCAGAUACCUGAAGACAGGAGAUGCAGUGAAGAAGACGUGGACUCCAGUUGGGGAGAGGAAAUGAAAGCAACAGAACUGACUGAACCUGCACCUGAAUCCCACUCAUCGGGGCACGUGGAGUCCGAUGGCCGUGUUAACUCUGAAACAGUAGGCGGAACAAAUUGUCAACCCAGUGGGCACAUAUCCUCUCAGGCAGGGAUGGAAGCAAAAUGUCAAAUGACAUCUGCAAGCGUGUGCAGCUCUACAACAGACAGCCAUGGACAGCCUGUGGCGGUCCGCAGGAGACCCGGGCGCCCACGUAAAAGAAAACACUUGUUGACUAAAGACAAAAAAGACCCAGAUUCUGCUGGUUUUGAUGCAGUUCAACAUAAGGAGAUCAGCACGACAAUACCUUUGCCAACAUGCUUAGAGAACCACAACCGACAUGAUGUGCCUAACGCCGUAGACGUUCCAUUAAUCAAUAAUACACCCCAUAAUGAGAAGUCGGGUCCUCAUACUGUUUCUGAUGGUAAAGUAGGAGACAGUGUCCCUGUGCUGCCAAAAAGAAAAAGAGGAAGGCCAAAUAAAGCACAAAUCGCAGCUUUUAAAGCUAUGGUAGCCGAGGCUGCAGCUGCCAGAGCUCCUGCUGCCUCUGCUAAUGCUAAUAAUGUCAGCGGUCCUGCACGGAGACUAAGGAGUAGAGGUGAACAACGCCCUUCGACACCAGAUGGAAAGCCUGAAUCUGAUAGCAAGGUCCACCCCAAGCCGACUGAAGUGAGUCCUACAGAAAGCAGUAAUACAUUAAACUUUCAAGGUAUUAAAAGAAGAAGUGCUAAACUGGCUUAUCAGCAAGUUCCUGCUAAAGUGUCCCGACUUGAUGUUUCCCAGGAUGCCUCAUCACUAUUAAGCAACGACGCAGGCUGCGGGGAGAGAGCAGAGACCGAUAAACAGAUGGAAUUUAACGCUGACAAACAAGAGACUGAUGCAGAUGGAGAGAGCUGUCAACUCUCCCCGCAGUCUCAAGAAGGACACGUUAAUACUUGUGAGGGUUUGAACAGUCUAAACUUGGUAAUUCCUCCUGAGUGUUAUAACCCCGAAAUAAAACAGUCAGCUGACACGAAUGGCAGCGGGGAGUCGCAAUCAAAAGGCAGUCUUGAAUCCCCAAAGAAUGCAAACCUGCAGAAUACGGAGCCCUCUAGCACAGAUGUCAUAACCCUCUCUGAACUGUCACCUAAGCCUGUUGGGUUCCCCCCUGCUGUGAAAGCUGAGAAUAUCGAGAUGGAGCUGGAUCAUUUAAAUCCUGGGUCAGAGUCAACUAGUCCUACUUCACAAAGCAAUGCCAAAACUUCAGUUAAAGCUGGGGCUUCAAACAUUCAGCGAAAUACUUUCAGGCGCAAGAAAGGGGGCAAGAGAAGGAGGAGAAAAAGUAAUGUUUUGUUACAGAGAGAGCAACUUGAAGGCAGCAAUGACAUUGAACAAAAUACAGACUGCGGUGACGGGGAUAAAGAGGCCAGCUCAAAUUUCAGAUACACUAAAAAAGGGGGGAAAACUCUGUUGCAGUGUGGUUAUUGUAGUCAAACCUUUAAAUUUCUCUCUCAGUUCAUCAUCCAUCAACGCGUUCAUACAGGAGAACGACCUUUCAAAUGCCCUGAAUGUGGCAGAGGUUUUAGCAAAAAUUCCAACUUAAAUCUUCAUCUCAAGACGCACAAAAAGGGCAACAUGUAUAAAAAAUGUCCAUUUUGCAAGAUCAAGUUCUCUUGCUCGGAAUAUGCCUCUCAUAUGAAGAUGCACGCACGCGCGCUGGACCAGGACUCUGAGAACAGCAAAUCGGAAAAACGCAGUAGAGGGAGUGACCAUGAAAACAGUCAGGACCUUCGUAGACCAGUUUCCCCAGUAAAGCGAGAAAGAAAAGUGUGCCAGUACUGUGGUAAAACAUUCCCGUUUCAGUCUGCCCUCAUAAGACACGUGCGUGUCCACACUGGAGAGAAGCCCUAUAAGUGUGAUAUAUGUGGCAAAGCUUUCGGUCAGGCCUAUUUCCUCCGUGUUCACGAGCUAACCCACUGGUCGGUAAAGCGCUACAACUGCACACGCUGUGACAAAUCAUUCACUCAUUAUAGCAAUGCAAAAAAUCACAGUUGUAGACCUUCGGGAACCGGUGACGAUUUACAACCCAACCGACGUGUAAAGCCUUCACUAACGUACACGUGCCACAUCUGCAAGAAUGUUUUUGACCAUCUGCAGGAGUUCAACAGCCACAUGAGAGCCCACACCGGCGCAAAGCUGUAUCGCUGCUUGUAUUGUGACAAGCUGUUUGGUGUGCUGUCUGAGUUUAGCACCCAUCGCAGUCAGUGCAGCGGAGAGGAUAAGGCCUCCGGCUCUGCAAUAAAAGAGGAACAGACCAUGUCAUUAAUACAGUACACAGUGCCUGCACUUAGGUGUUCAUCUGGACACAAUCCAGCUUCUCCCUUCACAGGAGCAAAUUGCGAAACGCAGAAAAAAACAUCACAGACCAGCCACAAGAAACGCUUCGCUAACUUAAAGAAACCGUUCCAGUCAACAGUCAUACCGGCUCACCAUCUCUCACACAUUGUGUCAAAGUUAAACAAACUAGAUAACCGCUCAGACCCCAGGAAAUAUUUAUGUCCAAGCUGUGGCCGACUGUUCAGACACAUGGGCAGACUCCGAGCCCACAUGCUCACCCAUGCCCCGGGUCAAAGUUACACCUGUGGCUGUUGCGGCAAGACUCUAGAAAACUGGAAAAAACUGUGGCACCAUCAGAGAACCCACCGACAGAGACGCGGCCGCUUCACUUGUCCUCAGUGCGGGCAAGGUUUUCGGUUCGUGGAGCCGUAUAAAAAACACGUGAGCGAGCACCCAGAGUUCCAGUGGAUUCAGGUCAGGCCCAAGAAAGUGUUUCUGCCUUAUAAAUGUGAGCAGUGCAGGUGCAGCUUUCAGACUCUAGAUUUGCUGUUUAGUCACCAGCUUUGCCAUUCCUCAAUGCACAAGGACUCUGAUUUCGAUAUAUCUACGGAUGAUCAUGCUACACAGUCGAACAAGAAAAUGUUUAGCCCUCCCAUGAACAACCACGUAGCGGAAUUAUGUCCAGAUCCAGAGGAAGACCUCUCUCCUCUGGGCCCCUUAUCCACAUGUCCAGACCCAGUAACUCCAGAGUCUCCUCAAACACCCAUGUUUUCCUUUGUCCAGAGUAAGGGGCUUGAUUUGGGUAAAACUUCCCAGCAUCCCAGCAGCACACAUUCGAUCCAAGAUAGAGAAACCAGUCAAGACAGAAUAGAUGAAAAUGCACCUGGAAAACCUUUUACUCCUUUGAGAACUGUGAAAAGACAAUGCAUCAGGAAUCUUCAGGUAGAAGUCACUAGGCUAGUGACCAGCCUUUCUUUUCUCCCAUCAAAAAGAACCGAAGAGAUGCCGACAAAUGAGAACAUGUCAGAAAGACGCCAGAAGCAGCCCUGGGAUUUCAACAAAAUAAGCAUUUGAAAACAGAACUCGUACUCUAUGUAAAUGGACUAUUAUGGAAAAUAUUCAUUUCCAUUCAUAACCAGUGAAACAUUUUAACUCCUUCCUUAUUGCUGUUGCCCUGCAACCUCCUGGUAUCUUUAAUUCAUAACUUGGAAAAGUUCCCUGCACUGAUCAGAGGGGUAAACGUCACACUGAAGUCAUUUCUGAACUCCUUAUUGCUAUGGAAAUUUUGUUUGGCAGACCUGACUAAGAACUUCUUUCAUAUUUUAUUUUCUGAGACAUCGUCAAUUAAUAGAACCACCAAUUAUUGAAUAGAAGCUGUAUAGUUUUACAAAUUUCAAACCGCUCAUCACAUGCAUUCACUUUGUGACCACUGUGAAUUUAAUAUCAAAUGUGCACAUUUUAAAUCACGCAGCUCGCUUUUGACUUCUACAAGUGAAAGUGUUACUCAAAUUGUUUAAGUGAUGUUUAUGGAUUUAAAAAAAAAAGUUAUGUUCUGGUCUCCAACAAGGACAUGUAUCAGCAUUUUGUAUUUACAUUGAAAGUGAAUAUCCGCUUUACUCAUGCACGUUUGCUAAAUAAUUUGUUCUAUUGUGGACUUGUAACAUGAUGGCUGAAAUCAAGAGAUGCUACAUUUUCUAGAAAAUACACUAACAAACGCACAUUCCACACCUGAAACCAUGUGCAACGGGAGUGCUGUGGAUCAUUCAUUAUUUUUUACUGCCUUUGAAAAACUACAUUACGUGCUUCAGUGUCAGGCUUGAGUUUUGUUUGAAUCAUGAAAAGCACAUUACAAAAGAUUUUUCCCGGAUGGACACCCUGCUUUGUUGAAUAUUAUUUAAUGCCAUAGUUGGUCCUAAAACCAAUAAAGGUAAUUUUUGUAUUGA